AUGCGCAAUGUCCCUAAACGGGGUCGGAGGCGUGGAACAAGGGACGAUGCCUACUUUGUCAAGCUCCAGGGUUCAGGCAAAGUGGCCAAGCCGUUUGUGACCUUCAUUCGACUCGUACAGGAUGAGAACGGAAAGAGAGUCCACGAUCUGGUGCACAUUGGCUGCACCAGCGAAUAUAUCACCCAGUGGCCAGGGCUUUAUCUCCAGGUCAUACCAGAGGAUGGUCUUCCGGCGGCAGCGGAGCAUUGGGCAGAUGGGACUGGUAACAGGCCUCUGAGACACGACGAGUGGAUGACAGCUGCAGGACAAGACGCAGACUUGAAGCCGUUGAACUGA